AUGUCGGCGACCACGGCCUCUGCCAGUCAGCCCUCGUCGCAGCAACCUCCGCCGCCACCGCCCACUGCUGAGGUCGUCCUCCGCCUCGCCUCCCGCGACCCCUCCGCCGCGGUGCCCCUCCUCCCGGAGCUCCCGCCCGACGACCUCGCCGACAUCCUCGCCUCGCUCACCGCCGCCUCCCCCGCGGGCCACCUCGCCCUUCUCCCGGCGAUCCUCGCGCUCUCGCCCUCCCCUUCCGCCGCCUCCACCGCGUUCGCCGCCCUCCUCUCCGCGCCCAGCUGGCCCUCCUCCACGCUCAUCGCCGUCGCCGCACUCCUCCGCGACCUCCCGUCGGCCUACCGCACCCGCAUCCCCGCCUUCCUCGGGAAGAUAAUCUCCCUCCUCCCAAGUGCGGAUGCCCAGGACCUCCCGGUCCUCGCCUACCAGCUCCUCCUGCUCGCGUCCAAGCCGCUCUACCCGCGCGUCGUCCUCGCGGGUCUCCUGCGCUUCUUCGGCGGCCGCCGAGGCGCCCGCGUUCGCGCGCCGCCGUCCUUCGCGCGUCAGGUCGAGAGCACCGCGCUGAUGAACGUCGCGUUCGCGGUCAAGCAGGACCCCGCGCUGGCGAGGGAGGUCCUGGCCGCCGUCAAGGCUGACGCCGCGGGCGCUCUCAGUGGAUUCGCGGUGGCAGUGAUGCUGUUCGUGGCCAGGGUGCGGAGGUUCAACGAGGGUGCCGUGAGUAUGCUCCGGGAUGCGGCCGUGGUGUCCCGCAGAGAUUACCGAAUGUCAAGGCGGUGCAAAUGGUUGCCGGAUUGUAUGGAAGAGGAAUAUGCACGGGCCACUCAAUGUGUCGAGAAGGGACUACUGAAAUCUAAGUCUCAGAUGGUGAUCAAGGGGGAGGAAGGUGGCUUAGGUGAAGGAGUAAUGAGCACCGAAGAAAUAGGCAUUAAUAUGCUCAAGUCAUUGUUUGAGAUCCAUGAAAUGGCACGAACUGAGAUAAUUGAACAGUGCAAGUUCCGGAUUCUCUCGGCAAAGCCUCAGCAAAGUGCACCAGUUCUCAGGUUGCUUGGAUGCUUGAUUUUGAGUCAACCAUUUCCAAUGCUGGAAUUCAUUGCACAUUUGAAGGAGUUGCUGGAUUAUUUUUCUUUUAUGAAUGACAAGAUAUCAACUGGUUUGAUCAGUUGCGUCUUGCCACUCACAAAGUUCAGCCUUGAUCUGAAGGAUUACAUAAUACUGGUUGUAAGAAAGGCGAUGUUCAAGAGGGAGGACAUGGUCCGAAUUGCUGCUACAAAUGCUAUAAUUGAGCUGAUUAUUGCAGAAAGCAGGAAAAGUGAAGCCAGUCCUUUUGAAGACUCAACAAGUCAGCCAAGCUCUAGCCAACAGCCUGAAACACAUCUAGAGUUUGGUAGGGGUCUCUUUCAGGAACUAAGUGGAUUGCUUCGGAGAUGUCUCUCACAUCAGGCCAGUGUCAAAGAGAUCUUGUAUGAGGGUCUUAUACGUAUUGUUACCUCUGAUCCAGCUGUUUCUGACAAUGUCCUUGAUUUCCUCUGGCCUCACUUCCAAAACUAUUACUCAGAGGAUGCAGAAGGCCCUCUUAAAAUUGGUUCAUGCUUCAAAGUAGAGCAUGCCAAACUAUGCAUUGUGGAACCUUUAGAUUGUCUGCUGUCAUGUAUCUCAAGAAUUCUGCAAAUUAAGCAACAUAGUAAAUGUGAACGGCCACGUGAUGCAUAUUGGAAGUGCUUUGGUUUUGCUGCUUCACAAGAUAAUGAGGUUGGACAAGCAUCAUCAAGUGAUUUAUUAAGUGAAAGCUCUAUCAAGCAUCCAAAAGUAUUUGAGGAUAUCCCUCACAGUGGCUUUGAGAAAAAAAUGAGCAAUGGUAGGGAAAGGAUAGCACGGAGAAGAGCGAAUGCUGGUGAUGCUACAGAUAAGCACACCAAUGAACCCAGGGAGAAUUCUAAUGCUUCAUUGCAGAAACUUCAUGGAAAGAGGGAUGCAUUCACGGCGAUCGCCACUCACGAGGACUUCCUCGUCGCGGUUCACCGCCGAGAUGACCUCGAGUGCGUUCUCGACGCUUCUGUACCCAUCGGGACGCCAUUCUACCUGCUCUGGAGAAGAUGGUGCCGUCACUCCAUGGCGUCCACUGGUUCGCUGAAGUACAGAGUGCUCCUUGGCAUCAAGGGGAUGCCGGCACACCUUUGGGGCCUCUCCUCCGCUGAGCGCAUCUUGGGCUCGUCUUGCGCCAGCAUUGAGCCUGCUCCGGCAACCGUCGCCGGCGGCGAGGAGCGAAGUAGCGAGAUGCGUGGUCGCAACUUGGUGAUCCACUCCGAGCUCAUGGUCCUACGCUACCGCGUCCGCAUCCGCAUCAUCGAGGUCCAAGACUGGACUUCCCGGCCGCCGCCCUCUGAUGAUGAGGCCCUCGGUGACUCCGGCAAUGAUCCUGACUGGGGUUUUGGCGGGGUCGUUCAAGUCCUUGGCAGCGUCGACACCGCUUCAACAACGGCGACGGUGGCGAUGGUGGCGCCGGCUGUAACUGAAUUGAUUUUGGUCAUUUCAAGAAAAGUGCAUCUUGAACAAAGGCAUCUUAUCGGAAAAUGGGCUACAGAUCUAUGCAGAAAGAAAACCACGCAAAGUCCUAGUAUCGCACGAGAGAUGGUAAAGCUAGCUAUACAUCUUACACCAACUCCAGAUGACAUGAUUCUUGUUUGUGACGUGUCUGCUGAGUUGAUGAAAUUAAUGACCUCUGGAGAUGACGGAGAUUCUUCUGAUACAUUUCAUAUAAUUAACUGUAAAACGAAGAGCUCACUUGCUGCUGUCUCACUUCAAAUGGUUGAGUCAUCUCUUACUGAAUUGGAUUGGGGUCUUGGAAAGCUUAAAGCAAUGCUUACAUUAGGUUAUGAUUCUGCUAACAUUGAUGAAGAUCAACCAGCAGAAGAAAUAAUGCUAAGGUUGGCUUUGGAGAAAGCACUCUACUCGAGAUCAACAUCAGUAGUUCAAGUCCUCUCUUCCUUUGCACAUAUGAGCCUUAAGGAUACUCAAGCAGAACACUUUCUGAAAUUGACUGCCAAGUUCUACAAGCUGUUAACUCGCAUGUCAAAGUCCCAGAUUGCACCUAAAGGCUACACAAAUCCAUUCCAAGCCUCAAAAUCAGCAAAUACCCAGAAAGGGAACAUCGCUAAAAUUAGAAGAGAAACCAAAUGUAUCCCUGAUCUAAUUUAUCAGAUUGAGGAUUAUGAGAAGUAUCUAAUACAACUAAGCAAACUCACUAAGGUAAACCUUUUGAGACAUGCCAAGCGCAGUGUAGCACGAGACUUCCAGAUAAAAGAUAAAUCUGGGGAACAACAGGAAGAGGAUCCCACUCCAGACAAUGCUGCAGCAUCUGAUAAUGAGGCUAACAAGGACGCAGGGGGUCCAAACACUCCAGUUGAAUCAUAUGCUGACGAAAAUGCAUCAUCUGAAAGUGAGCAUGAUGCGGAUGCAGGAGGUCCAAACACUCCGGUUGAAGCAGAUGCUGAUGAAACCAUUAGGUCUAGCAUUCCAUGUGGUAGACCAGUCCAGGAGUCUGAAUUUGAUAGAGAAGAGGAAGAAAUAUUAGCACGGAAGAAGAGAGCUAAGACAAAACAAAUCGGUAUCGACCUAGUCGCCGGCGGCCGGAACAAGAAGACCAAGCGCACCGCGCCCAAGUCCGACGAUGUCUACCUCAAGCUCCUCGUCAAGCUGUACCGCUUCCUUGUUCGGAGGACCAAGAGCAACUUCAACGCUGUGAUCCUGAAGCGGCUCUUCAUGAGCAAGACCAACCGCCCGCCUCUCUCGCUCCGCCGCCUCGUCAACUUCAUGGAGGCCAAGGAGAACCAAAUUGCUGUGAUUGUGGGCACUGUGACCGACGACAAGAGGGUCUACGAGGUACCAGCAAUGAAGGUGGCUGCGCUUAGGUUCACUGAGACGGCAAGGGCCCGGAUUGUGAACGCGGGUGGCGAGUGCCUCACCUUUGACCAGCUUGCGCUGCGUGCCCCGCUGGGCCAGAACACGGUUCUGCUGAGGGGACCUAAGAAUGCUAGGGAAGCUGUGAAGCACUUUGGCCCUGCGCCUGGUGUGCCGCACAGCCACACAAAGCCUUAUGUGCGCUCCAAGGGAAGGAAGUUUGAGAAGGCAAGAGGAAGGAGGAACAGCAGAGGCUUCAAGGUCUAG